UUUUGGUUUGGUUGAAGACUGCAAACUGCAGGACUGGUCUGUCAUUGGAGCUGGGGGUUUCGGACAGAUCUAUAAGGCCAAACACAAAGAUUUGGGGAUGGAGGUGGCAAUCAAACUACUGCAUUAUGAUGAUGGGUAAUAUCACGCACAGAGUCACACACACAUAUACACACACACACACACACACACACACACACGCACACACACAGACACAAACACGCACAUAUGUACACACACACACACACACACACACACAAUCUCACACAGACACACACGAACACACACAUGUACACACACGUGUGCACACACAGGCACACACAUGUACACACACAGACACAUGUGCACACAAACACACACAUAUGUACACACACGUGUACACACACAGGCACACACAUGUACACACACAGACACAUGUGCACACAAACACACACAUAUGUACACACACAAUCUCACACACACACAUGUACACAUGUACACACAUACACAAUCACACACACGUACACACACACUGUGGCACCCCUGCUACUGCAUGUUGCGCCACGUGGGUGGAGAACCCUGGAGGGGCCCGUGCAGGUCAACCGCGCAGACGUCACGCAUUGGGAGAGGUGUGCGAAGGGGUAUAUCUGCCUAAAGAGGUGGUCGGGAGAUCAGCACCUUGGAGAGAGAUCCCUCUACCUGCAGUCCAGGACCCCGGACAGCACACGUGGGUGAGCAGAGUGGAAAAUCACUGAUUCAGCUGCAGCCUCUUUUCCUAAUGAGCAGGGAAGGGGAUUUAAGGCGCGGUCGAGGCUGCAGCCAGAGUCAGUCGGUGCCAUUCCUGAGCGUGUGAGAGCGUGGAAAGCAGAGAGAGGAAGGACCUGCAACGCCCUGCCAUACUGACCCUGAAGGAGACCCCACCUUUACGGACGGCAACACCAAAGACCUGGAACGGACGCCGGUCACGUGAGCCAGAGAGAAUCCCUUCCUAUUUACCCCCUGUCUUUGUGUUUCCCGCCAGCCCUGACGCGGCCGAAGAGGGGAGGAGGGAGGAAGCCCUGGAAAAUACCCCGGUCUGGGAAGAACCUUCGUUUAUUUUUUGCCUAAACGGCCCCUUUGAUUUCUCCCGUUUUCCCCUACCCUUGCCCUGAGGGGGGGCCCUAUCCUCGAUACCCCGGAAAAAAAAAAACACAGAAAAAAAUAAAAAGAAAUAUUUUUUCUGACAUCUGCGAUCUCCUGUGUUGGUUUCUAGCUGUGCCCACCCUCGGCACCUCAGGAUCCACCCCGAGGCACCACAUAUGGUGGAGAAUGCGGGCAAACUGAUGCCACGCUGUGGAAGCUGACCUGGGCCGCAGAACCAACACGGGUGAGAACUGAGAGGGAAUGGAAGCCACACCCCCUGGCGAAGAGCGAAGAAGGAGACGACUGACUGCCCCUACCCUCGCUGAGAUGCAAGACGCGGAAGCAGAGGAGGGCGCCCGAGGGAGGCUGGAAGCGGUCAUCACCGAGCUGGCGAGGUCCCAGCGGGCCCUGCAGGAAGCGGUGGUCGAACUCUGUCGCCUAGCUCCACGUGACGGAUCGAGACGAACCCCCCGAGAUGCGUUGACAAAGAUGACAGCUGAUGAUGAUGUUGAGGCGUACCUCCAGGUGUUUGAGCGUGCGGCUCACCGUGAAGAAUGGCCACAGGCAGACUGGGCGGCCAUACUAGCCCCCUUCCUGAUGGGGGAGGCCCAACAGGCCUAUCAAGAUAUGGCUGUGGCUGAUGCCACCGACUACCUCAAGUUGAGGAGAGCCAUCCUAGCCCGAUAUGGGUUCAGCCUACCCGCACGAGCCCAAAGAUACCACGACUGGUCAUAUGACGCCUCCCAGCCUGCCUGGUCCCAAGUCGCCGCCCUGACCCGCCUGACCAGGAGCUGGCUGGCCGAGGAAGAUGGGCCACCCCUGUUGGAGAGGGUGGUGUUGGACCGAUGCACCCGCGCCCUACCGAAGGACGCCAAACGGUACGUGGCACAGAUGGGCCCCGCCUCUGUAGAACUACUAGUAGGCCUCCUCGAAAACCACCAGGUAACCCAGAAGAUGCUCCAAUCCGAACGUACUGAACCCCAGAGCCGCCCAACCAGGGGCCCACAGCCUGUGAAGCACCCACCAGCCCGCCCUGACCCAAAUCGCCGGGGCAGACCCGACGCGGGGAGACCACGGCCCGAGUGGAGAUGUUACAACUGCGGAGAGGCGGGUCAUCUGGCCAGGUGCUGCCCUGGGAAGGAGGUGUCCAUGCCCACCGCCAGUGGUGGGAGCAGCCCACCGCACCCCUGCCUGUACCUGACCACCUGCUGGGCGCACCAGAGUACGGAGGCCCCAAGAUUCCCGGUACGAGUGGGGGGCCAGGACACUGAAGCAGUGCUCGACUCGGGCAGCGCCAUCACCCUGCUGCGACCAGACUUUGCUGGAGAACAGAGGGGUGAAGAGGUGGCCGUGGAGUGUAUCCAUGGAGACACCCGGAAAUACCCCACGGUGUGGGUGGACCUAAUCACCCCACGGGGGACGCACACGGUAAGAGCGGGGGUUGUACCCAAUUUACCCGUACCUGUACUAAUGGGAAGAGACUGCCCGUUGUUCCAGACUUAUUGGGAGGAGGGGCCCCGGCCUCUGAGGGAGACGAGGCCACGACGGCCCCAACGGGCUGCCCGCCAGACCCCCCUACCAGUCUGGGCCGCGACGUCUGGGGACAGUGAAGGAGAGGCUCUGCCACCAGAGACGGAACGCCAACCAAGCGCCCCAGCCACGUUCCAGAGGUUGAUGGACCAGGUGUUGCGGCCCCACCAGAGGUAUGCGGCAGCCUACCUGGAUGACAUCGUCAUCCACAGCACCGACUGGGACAGCCAUGUCGACAAAAUCGAAGCGAUGCUGAUGUCCCUGAGGGAGGCCGGGCUGACGGCUAACCCUGCAAAGUGCCGGCUCGGAUUGAAGGAAGCCGCCUAUCUUGGCCACACAGUCGGGAGGGGGCGGGUGAAGCCUCAGUCGAACAAGGUCGACAGCAUUGCCACCUGGCCCCAACCGGCCAUGAAGAAACAGGUGAGAAUGUUCCUGGGUCUGGUGGGUUACUAUCGGCAGUUCAUUCCAGAGUUUGCAGCACGAGCAGCCCCCCUCCACGACCUCACCAAAAAGGAGCAGCCCAACCGGGUCCAAUGGAACCCUCUCGCCGCUGCAGCCUUCCAGGACUUACGGCCGCUCUAGGUGAGGAACCAGUACUAAUAACUCCCAACUUCCAGAAACCCUUCGUGCUGCAGACCGACGCAUCGGAAGCGGGCCUGGGAGCGGUCCUGUCACAGAUCCAGGAUGGAGUGGAGCAUCCAGUGACAUACAUCAGCAGAAAACUCCUCAGCCAUGAAAGGAAUUAUGCCACGGUCGAGAAGGAAUGCCUUGCCAUCAAAUGGGCGAGUUGCAGCCCUACCGGUUCAAGGUGGAGCAUCGCGCUGGGAAGCUGAACCAGAAUGCUGAUGCGCUAUCCAGGAAGGAGGAUGGCCUAGGGGCAGACGCUCCCGCCCGGGGCUUGGAGCUGAGGGGGGGGGGGUAUGUGGCACCCCUGCUACUGCAUGUUGCGCCACGUCGGUGGAGAACCCUGGAGGGGCCCGUGCAGGUCAACCGCGCAGACGUCACGCAUUGGGAGAGGUGUGCGAAGGAGUAUAUCUGCCUAAAGAGGUGGUCGGGAGAUCAGCACCUUGGAGAGAGAUCCCUCUACCUGCAGUCCAGGACCCCGGACAGCACACGUGGGUGAGCAGAGUGGAAAAUCACUGAUUCAGCUGCAGCCUCUUUUCCUAAUGAGCAGGGAAGGGGAUUUAAGGCGCGGUCGAGGCUGCAGCCAGAGUCAGUCGGUGCCAUUCCUGAGCGUGUGAGAGCGUGGAAAGCAGAGAGAGGAAGGACCUGCAACGCCCUGCCAUACUGACCCUGAAGGAGACCCCACCUUUACGGACGGCAACACCAAAGACCUGGAACGGACGCCGGUCACGUGAGCCAGAGAGAAUCCCUUCCUAUUUACCCCGUCUUUGUGUUUCCCGCCAGCCCUGACGCGGCCGAAGAGGGGAGGAGGGAGGAAGCCCUGGAAAAUACCCCGGUCUGGGAAGAACCUUCGUUUAUUUUUUGCCUAAACGGCCCCUUUGAUUUGUCCCGUUUUCCCCUACCCUUGCCCUGAGGGGGGGCGCUAUCCCCGAUACCCCGAAAAAAAAAAACACAGAAAAAAAUAAAAAGAAAUAUUUUUUCUGACA